CCAAAAAGCAUAUCACAGAAAUGUCACAUGCAUCACACCACAACGCAGCACAACAACCGCCUAUGUCUGUCCGAAUCUUACACUCCCUAUUUAUUUCCGCAGCGUCUUCCUCGCGGCACCUGGUCACAGAGGACAUGUGCAUUCGAGCCUUGUCUCCCAUCCGUCCUGCUCGCUCACCGAGCUCCGCUCUCCUGGCUGUGGCUGCGAACUGCAGCGACGUGAUGGUGUCCUUGACGGCGGCUUGGCUGGGCGACACAUGCAGCAGUAUCACACACUUGGCCGACUCGCCUGCAGACAGGGCGAAAAAGUCGUGUCGUGCAUGUCUCUCUUUUUCCUGAUGCCACGUGCCCACCACCCACCAAGGGUGUCUUUGAGGAGCAUCGUGAGCUUGGACUUGUCAUAGGGCACAGAGGCCUCCUUCUUGCUCAGCGACUGGCACACACACGCCUCAAUCGUGUCUCGGUUGGCCUGCCUGUGUACUCACACACACCUACCUGAAUGACGUCUCUGAAGGCGCUGACGCCUGCCUUCCUGACCACCAGCUCAGAGCCAGCCAGCUGCACCAUCGUCAGCUUGCCUGAAGAGCUGGCGGCCCCCUCAGCUGCAGGGGCGAUCUUCGCGCGAACCGUCACGAUGCUGCAAUUACAUCACGCAGAGAGCACUUAGACGGCACAAUCGCGUGUGGCUCUCUGUCGUCCCUUCGCUCACAGGUUCGAUUUGGCUGAGUGCUCCUCCAUGUUUUUGGCGAGGGUUGCACGGUGGGCAGAGGCCUCAGACAACACAGCUAAGGCCUGAUGGUGAGGAAGAUGGAUUAUCGAUGUGUGAGGACCUCAAACGGCAAAGUGGAUGGAUGGCGUAGGUGUGUGUGUGCCUACCUCCUCGCCACUAUUGACUGUCCGCUCGGUCAGCCCAGGCACACUCGAGUCCUGAUGACAAGACAAGCAGCAUCACAUACCAAUCCAGAAGGCAGAGACGGGAGAGGAGAUGUGUUAGCCCACCUCUCACCUCUUUGACGGCCAGCUUUUUGGAUCUUGGGUCGCCGCGCAGCAGGUCAUGCACAUCAUCGUUGUGCACCUCUACGCGAACGACACACACACAGAAUCCGCGACAUGCACAGAGAGCUGAGGUGGUCUGUUGGCAGCAAGUAAGAGUACCUAUGGCCGCCAUGGUGAUUUGGACCCUGCCCUCCGCCGCCCGUGAGUCUCUCACGGCAAACAGCUCCGCCAACGCUGAAAGGUACAUGCAGACAGCAACAGGAAGCAUGAUUGUGCAUUCUUGUAAACACGAUUGCCGUCCUCCUCACAUCGACUCAUGAGCCCUGGGGUGUCGGGAGUGCCCAUCUGCAGAGGUGGAAAGAGCGGCCAAGCACAACCAUCAGGUCGCUGUGUUGCUCCGUGGUCGUGAGUACCAUCGUCUCUGUCUUGUUGGUGCCCGUGGGGCCAUAUGCGAUGACACUUGCGUUGAACCCGUCAAGCACCGACAAGACCACACCACGGCAGCGCUCAAACACGACAUCUGCACACACACACACAAUACGCCAGCAUCAGCAUGCAAUCCGCACCCACCUGUGUCUCGUCUCAACCGAUCUAUCUGCCCACUCACCUUGGCCGUCUGCCGGUCCAAGCACCCCAUCGACAUCGAAUGACUGUACAUUUGUGUCAGCAUCGGUGUAGAUGCUCAGGCGGCUCUCAUCCUCAACCAGGGUGGUCGCACGGCCCUUCGGCUCAUGACGCUGCAGACAUACAUACGUUCAUUGAUCAGGACGUGCAAUCCAGCACAGCUAGAUCAAGAUGGUUUGGGGAUGUGCAGUCGCUGACCGCCUCGUCGGCUGUGAGGGGCCGAAUCCUCGCGAAGAGACGGAUGUUGCCCUUGGCCUCGAGCAGCUGCAGACAAUGCAGAACAAGCGACAUGCCGCGCCGCGUGCUACUGUGUGAGAAAUGAUCGCAGUCAAUACCUGGUUGAGCAUGUCUCUCCGCUCGGCCAUCAUCGCCUGGAUCCUAUAGACAUCCAUCCAUCCACCCUCACUUUUCAACCAGAGAUGGCGUGGGCAUCCAUCCAUCCACCAUCCUGUGACGUGACCGACCUGUCAUCCUUAGCCGCAAUGAGAGCACUCUGCUCUUCCAACGCACCCUGAUAACCAGGAGACACAAGGCAUGGCGGGAGCCAUCCAGGCAGACGUCUUUGUGCCGCUCACCGCGAGGUUUGGUAGCAGCACGUUGAGGACUUCGUCGCGAUUCCUCUCCAUCUCAGACCUCACCCGACGGUUGUCAGACCUGCACCACACGCAUACACACACACGCACGCACGCACACACACUUAGACACAUGUUGAUCACAUCAAUUUUCCUGGCCUCCCCCCCUACCUGAGGCGCAGCACGGACGAGCGGAGAGACUGGACAGUCGGCACAGACCCGGGAGGAAUGUGAAUCGGCCUGAAUGGAUGCAGCAGAUGCAGCAAUGGGCGUUGUGUAUCCGCCGCACGGGUAUGUGUUGUGUGCGAUGUUGUCAGCUGACUCAGUCUCAUAGAGUUCUGGCGCGUCGGUGGGUGGUGGCAUGUGUGCAACGUCGUCUAGAAAGGGGUCAAUAGCAAUGUCUUGAGGGCCGGCUGUGCUGGGAGGGAGCUGGCUCGCUCCCUCGCUACUCUCAUCGUCCUCACCCGCUAGCACGGGCGACGACCGGACCGCUGCCAGCGUGGGGGACGCAUCGGCAGCUGUCUGGUGCUCGGCCUCGUCCAAGGCUUGCCUCAACUGACACACAGACAACACACAUCACGCAGACAAUGUGGCUGCCCUCGCCUGUGUGAGGGUGUGGUGUGUGAGAGUGCGGCGCACUGACGGCGUCGUUUUCAAUCUGCAGUUGGAGGACAUCUGUUGCCGGUUCCAAGAGCAUGGUGGACCUCCUUCUCGCCUGGUCGGCCACGGUGGUGAGACGUCGUGUGAUGAAUGUCUUGAGGGUCACUCCCUCCCUCUGUGCGCUCUGCCGCAGCUUGAGGAUGGCCUUGCGCCACAGGAACUGCGCAUCGGACAUGGCGGGCAGCAUGCCGGCCGGUGGCGGCACAUUGGCACGCACUAUGGCGCGCUGCAGCCCCAACACCCAUAUACGGAGCUGCGCAGAAAAAAGACACAAUUGUCGGUGUCUCUCUCCGCGUGUGGAAGUGUGUCUCUUUGUUCUGGCUUGCCUCGUGUUCGUGAAUGCACGCAAGGUCGACGGUCCGGUCUGCGAGUAUGAGUGAGAAGCACAUGAACGAGGGGUCCUCCAGGUAGCUGCUCCGGAGGAAGGUGCUCGUCACGGGGCCGUACACCACACCCAAAACCUCCUCGAAACCGACCUGAUGACAUGAAGUAUCAUGCCAUGCCAACCGUCGCACAGACACCGACAUUUGUUUUAUUUUGGUCUUGCGUGCGUCUGUACCUCUGAGAAGGAGCCGCCCUUUUUGUUGGCCCAUCUGAGUUUCCUGCCCUCGUCCGCCAGCCACACGUACACCUGCUUCCUCUUGUAGUUCCCAUAGUUAUACUUGUGCAAGUAAGACCCAUUCUGCCAAGAAACAAGCAUUGCAUUCACUCAGACAGGGGCGGUGGGACAGCAGACAUGCACACACAACAAAAGCACUGACCGCGAGUCCUUCGGCGAGCAGUUCGGUUUUCCUUGUCUCGGUUUUGAUGGAUGCCUCGAUGGCUUCCCACCACCUGUCAAAGUCGGCCUCCGUCUCAGCCGUCAACACGUACUCGACCGAACGAGGCAGCGUCGCAUUCAGCUGCACACAUACAUUCACACAUCCACACAGGCAUGACAGACAGUCAUGCAGAGUCUUCGAGUGUGUCCCUACCGUGAUUGUUUUCAGCCCUCUCUUUUCCAGCGCCGCCCCAUUGAAAAGGUACACGCCCUCACGCAGCACCUUCCUGGUGCCGAAGCUCAUCAGCUGGAACCGCCGCAGCUCCCCGCUCCUCAGCACAAAGUACUCAUCGGCCGAGGUCUCCUCGUUCAGAAGGUUGCCCCGACACUCGAUGACGGGGAAUCGUGGGAGGGCAGUGAUGCAUGAGGGGGGGAUGAUGGCUUUGGAGGGGACGCGCAUGGUGCUCCUCCGCUUGUUGAGGGGCUGCGUGUUGACGGACCGCACGGAGGCGUCGAGUUCGCCAUCGGUGUAGUCCUUGGAGACGGGUGCGGCCACAGUCACUGAUGUGAUGGACGCACGAGAGGCACGAGCUGCUUUCGCCAUCGUAACUCUCGAUAGGGCCCCCAGGAGAAACAGAGAGAAAUAAUGAAAUAAUAUGAGAAAUAAUGAGAAGGAACAAAGUUGUUGAGAAUACACCACUGUACACCCAGAGACGUCCAUGAAUGCACCUCCCGUCUCCCUAGCCCGCCCCCUGUCACACAGCUCUCUGCCCCAUGUAGGCCACCUGCCACACCUCCAUCACAUCCCACCCACCAGUAAUGGUGUGCAUGCUGCCGUGGGAUCUUCUCGGGCCGCUAAGAAGGGGCCUCUCUUUCUUGCUAGCUGCAGCUAUCUCUGCGUCAUGAUGAAAUGGCGCCGCAAGGUCGACAAAAAGAGAGUCUACGGUAGUCGCGCCUGCUGUACGCAAGGCACAAAACGCCAACCCCGCCAUCCUGUUGCUGACGAUGACACCAGAUGUGUCCCCUGUCUUCUUGGUGACGGCGUCGGGGUGGUGUGCGUCGGCCAGCUUGAAGAGAAAGGGAAUCGGCUCCUGUGAAGAGCGGUUGUAAGCACUACAUUCACACACACACACACACAGGAGAGCCAAAGAGAGCAAGGAAACAUUUGCUCACAGCCUCAACAAAACGAUAGCGUCCAACAGACUUACUCGAUGUGAGGGCCAUUCUCGAAGACGCCGCACGGAGCCAUUCCGUGUCUGUCUUGAACCCCUUGGGGCUAGCGGCACCCACCACCUCCUCACCCUUCUUCAACAGCAACAUCUGCACACCCAGACACAGCCAUGCACCAUAUGUCAACUGUGGCCAUUGCUGUCGUCUGCCAUACUCACCCAGCCCUUCUCCGCCUCUGGUGCUGGGAUGCUCGCCAGGAAGGCAGCGCCAUCGUACGCGGCUGCCAACGAACAACUGAGGAACAAAGACAUCCAUAUUGCCCAGGUGCUUCCUCCCGCCCAUAUACACCUAAAUACGCGUGCGUACCUGUAGGUGCACUGUAUGUCCUCUACAGGUCGCUUCCAUUCCUCCUCCAGCCAGCCCACAAGCCUAUUCAGCUCUGCCCGCCCUCCCAGCAGCCCCAUCCCCGGCCCUCCCAUCGACGGUGCGAUGCGCUGCACACAGUGCCCAUGUGCACCGAUGAGACCGAACAUCUCGAGUGUCCGGCGCAGCUCCAGUGUGUCGUUGGCCGAUGACUGCUGCGAGAGAAAGAUUGUGAGGCAUUGGGAGGGUGCAAGGCGGUGUUGGCGGGCGAAGUUGAUGGCCUUGCGGACAAUCGCUGGUGACGUGGCGUCCAACGAAGACCUAAGGCAAGAGCAAACAAGCGUUCACACGUGUGUUACCCUUAGCAUGUGUCGUGUCCGUACUCACCCGUUGAAGCGAUUUGCGAACGGCGAGUCGCCCCCGCCACAUGCCUCUACAGUGGCCGUGGUCGUGCUGAGAGUCAUCCCCACCACACUCAGGCUCACUACCCCGACCCCGCUCCCCGUCGACGGCUGCAGCCAGGGCCCGGCCAGCUUCAUGCGAUCCUCGAGCUGCCGCAUGGCACAUUUGACGGCAUCGAUCUGCGCGUCAAUGGCCGCAUGCUCCUUCAUGUACCCCUCACACACCGACUUGAUGCUGUCCAUGAGUGCCGCGCUUGACGGCAUGGCAUCCUGCACUCUGGGGGUGUGAGGCAUGGCUGGUGCGUCCAUGGCGUUCACAAACAAUACGGCGUCCAUGUUUCGGGGAGGGGGGCCGGGGGAGGGGGUGACAGUGGGGAGGGGCUUGUUGACCAGCACGUCGAAGAAGAAGGCCUCGUCAGGGUCACCGCUGCUUUGCGCCUGACUCGCGCUGCUGCUGCUGCCGUCGUAUGUUGCCAGGGCAUGGAUGAUCUUCUCGAAGAUGCGGUCGUCGAGGUCAAGGAAGAUGCGAUUGGAUCCAUUGUCGGUGCAGCGAACCAGCCGUCCGUCGAGAUGGCCGCUGAAGAUGAACGCCAGCAGGCUGUCAGCCUUCUUGGUCAGCCAGCCGCGAGGAAUGUCAUACGGCGUUCCGCCCGCCGACAGCUGGAGCCUCUCGUUGGCAUCACCGGCGGCAUCCUCCUGCCAGCUGAUCUCAUUCAGCAGCCGCUGCUUGGCGCUCUGCAGCUCCUCAAGGGUCUGUUGCUUGGCUGUGAGGGCUCGUGUGGCGUCGUCGAUGGCGGCAGUGAAAGAGCGGAUGGCACGGUCCGCGAAGGCUGGUCGCGACGGAGAGGGGAACUGAUCAUCGCUGUCACCAUCAGGCGGCCCCUUGCGCUUCUUAAACUCCGACAUCAUCACUGUUUUUCAGUUGCGAGCUGGAAAGGGCG